CUAUUCAAGUUUCAAGCAAAACACAAUAUGGCUUUUUGGUCUGCUGAGAACGCCACCAAAGCUUAUCUCCGAGCAUUGAAAAUGGGGAAAAGAGGCAAAGAACCAGACGUAUCGGAGUUCAUAUCCGCAAUGGCGGCGGGCAACAACGCGCAGCUCAUGGUAAUGACAUGUGCCGGCGUAGCAGGAUCUACCGCGCUAGCUUUAAUCGCUGCGGCACGUCAAACUGGCGGCAAAGUAGUAUGCAUCUUGAAUAGUCUUGAUGAUUAUGUCGCAUCGAAAACCGCAUUAGGCAACUACGGGGGGUCAUUAACCUUCGUCAUCGGAGAUGCCAAAAUGGUCCUAAACGAUUACGAGACUGCCGAUUUCGUGCUCAUCGAUUGCAACAUCGACGGUCACAAGGAAGUAUUGAAGGCAGCACAAGAGGGUACAAAGCAUAAUAGGGGUGCCCUUAUUGUAGGGUACAAUGCCCUUCAUAAAGGACAUGGUUGGAACAAUGUUGAUGAAUUUAAGACCCAUUUUUUGCCCAUCGGAGAUGGUUUGCUGGUGAACAGAAAAGCUCCGACGAGGAAAGGUGCCGGUGAUGGGUUUAAUAGUAGAAAAAGAAGCCGGUGGGUUGUUAAAAUAGAUAAAUGGACCGGUGAGGAACAUGUUUUUAGGAUCACUUCACCAUGUUUUUAGUUUCUAAUAAUAUUAAAAGUUCAUCAUCAAGUUGUAGAUAAAUUAUAUAAUAUAUUGACCAACAUGUAAUGUAAUUACCCCCAUCUGGCUCUGUGUUAUUUUUUGGAACAAGUUGGAUGUUAUGUAAACAAGU